AUGCCUCAUCCUGACUACAUCGACACGCCGCAAACAGCCGCAGACAAAUCAUCCUUGACCAAUGGUUUGGAUGGUCUUGACGAUCUAUCACCAGAAAAGUCCUUCGCGUCACCAUCAAAAGGACGAGAUCUGAUUCAAGGCAUACGAAAUGGGCGAGGUCUCAGCCUCAAGACACCACGCGCUGGUGCUCGUGAUCCAUUACGACUACUUCCCAAUGGGGCGGGUAAAAAGAGCGAGUUCACGCCGCUUAUGAUGAGUGUGACGAAAAAGAACCAUAUGCGAAGAGCCUCAGGCAGAAAGACGGGUGCACAAACGCCCUCAUUCAUGAGGGAUAAUUCAAUCAAUAAUGGACCUACGCCCGGUCUGCCGCGGAUGGGGGACGAUUCACGUAUAUACGAGGAGAGAACGAGCAGUUCCGCUGGUGAAGCUUCCAACGAAACGCCAUUGCCUCAGGCUGUCACCAGCAGCAGUGCACAAAGUACACCACUGGCGCAAUUACCAGGUCGGAAUGGUGGGGGAGGUGUUGUUGGGGAUGGCAACAUGAUGACUCUACGAGAGCAAGAGAAUAUCAUCGAUAAAAUCGAAAAGGAGAACUUUGGCUUGAAAAUGAAGAUCCAUUUCCUUGAGCAAGCUAUGUCGCAGCGAGGAACGGAGUUCAACAAAGCCGCAUUGCGAGAAAACACAGAUCUGAAAGUGAAUCGCAUAACCAUGCAGCGGGAGCUUCACAAGUUCAAAAAGAAUAUUGCCCAGGCCGAACGAGAUGCAGAGGUCUAUAGGUUGCAGCUUGAGGAAUACCGAGAGCGCAUGAAGAGGAAGCAGGCAGACGAGAGCUUGCGAGUCGAGACUGCACAACUACAGUCUGAAUUGGCGACGAAAGAGACGGAGAUAACGAAGCUUCAAAACGAACUGCGCUCGGCGCAGCAGGGCAAUGAGGAGGCCAAGAAAUUGCGCUGUGAAAUGGGCGACCUGGAGGCAGAGCUGCGCGAGAAAGACAGGAUGAUUGAAGAAAGGGAAGAUGAGAUCGAGUCCUUGAAGGACAACGCUGGCAAAGAAUCCAACGCUGCCGCUGAGACUGAAGAAGAGUUAGAGACCGCCAAACGACAGAUCGAAGAGCUCCAGGAGGAUCUGGAUCGAGCGGCUGAGGAGGCCAAACAUGCGCGGGAAGAGCGUGAAGAUGCCGUACAGGAGAAGAAGCAAGCCGAAGACAAUUUAGAAGAGCUCAGGGAUGAAAUGAUGAACAAAUCAUUCACGACGAAGGGUCUCAGCAGACAGCUAGAAGAAAAGACUGCCAGACUGGAAGAUCAAUUGGACGAGCUGCAGGAGAAACACAGUAUUCUACAGCAGGAAUUGAAUGAGAAGACGCGAAAUGAGCGAGUGCUGCAGGAGCGACUUCGGGGCGCCGAAAAGGAAGGAGCCGGCAAAGACAAGCUUCGAGAUCAAUUGCAUCUUGCACAUCAAGAGAAAGAUAAUCUAAAGCGUGAUCUUGGAACUAUGUCUACCAAGCUGCAGAAUUCUAUCAAUAACUUCCAAAGCAAAUCGGAAGAGAAAGACCUCCUUCAGACACGACAUGAUGCACUCACCUUGGAAUCUGCCAAUUUGCAGCGCGACUUGUCGAGAUCCCAGCGGUCCGUCGAAGAGCUCGAGCAGGCUCUUGACGAAGAGCGUCAGCACGCAGCUCAAAAUGACCAUCAUCUGCGGUCUCAACAUAAAACAGAAAUCGAUCUGCUCACUGAGCAAGUUGACAGUCUACACCGUGAGAUUAAUGCCAAAGAGAGCCAACUGGCUUCUGAUCACGAGGACUGGGAAGCUCAGAGACGUGUACUGGAAGCUGCCAGCCAGAGAGCCGAAGAGAAAGCGAACGGCUUACAACGCACGGUGAACAAGCUGCAAGAAGUCGAAGGAACUCUCUCGGGACGAGAGAUGAAGCUGCAAGAAGCACUUGAAAGUGAGAAGCAAAGACACAGGCAAGAAGAGCAGGUACUGCACCGCCAGAUCCAGGAGCUGAACGAUGAUAUUGCGGCCAAAAGAAUGGCUUCGGACGAACAGAGGACUGAACUCAACAACGCUAAAGAAGAGUUGCGUAUCUCCAUACGCGAGCAGGAGGCGUUGAAAGAGAAGGUUGAACAGCUUGAGGAAGAAGUUGAGGUUCUACAAGCCAACCUUGAAGAGGAAGCUGAAUAUGCUGAAGAGCAGCGCACCAAGAGCCUGGAAAGUGCUGACAGUCAGCUCCAGAAACUCAAAAAGGAGAAGCAAGGUCUCCAAGACCAACUAGCAAACAUCAACAUUGAACUGCAUGAGCUCAAGAAAACAGCGAAGGAUGUCCGGGCUGAACGAGACGACCUCGAAGCCAAGCUCAUAAAAGCAGACAAGCCGGCUGAUGAUACAUUCAACAUCGAUCAAGAGAAGCGCGAGCUUCGUCGAUCGAAGCAGAAACUUGAAAACGAUCUAGAAAGGCUGCGGCUCGAGCGAGACAACCUGCAGGAUGCCAACGUUGCUCUCGAGCAAGAAAUCAAUGCUGAAAUAGACAGAGCAAAUGCUGAGGAGAACCGCCUCAGCCUCGAGCUCGACCAGCUGCGCAAUAAACAGCUCUCGACGUCGGAGAACCGUGAUCGAGAAUUGACGUCGGCGAAGAACAAAGUCCAACGCCUCGAAAAGCGAGUCGCAGAACUCGAAGAACUUCUCGACAGUCAGACAAAGAAUAUGCCUCCGUCUGGCAUCGAAGACGCCUCCCUGCUACAACACGACCUAGCCGAAGCACGCAAAAAGGAGUCAGAAUCUCUGCAACGCGAAAGCGUCCUCAAAUCCACCACCCGGGACUUACGAUCACAAGUCGCAAACCUCGAACGCGAACUCCACGACCUCCAAAUAGCCAAACUCACCACCUCUACCAAAUCCCCUUCUCCAUAUUCAUCCCCUUCCCUCCAAAAAGAUCUCGCCAAGGCCCGCAAAGACCUUCUAGACGCGCAAACCACUCUUUCCGACCUGCGCACCAAGAACCGCGAAUUAGAGCGACAAGCCUCCAAAAUCUCGGUCCACGAAUCCGAACGCGCAGACCUGCACGCCCUCCUGAAAUCCUCCACCCUAGAAGCAGAAGCCCUGUCCCUCAAACUCUCGGACCGCGACACCAGAAUCAGCGAUCUGAAAGCGCAGCUCCGCCGUGUCAGGAACGAGCGGGAAAGGGCGAAAGCGAGAGCUGAAGCUGCAGGUAGAGAACUCGAUGCGCCACAGGAGAGGCAUGAGAGUGUGCUGGAUAAAGUGCAGCAAGCCCAGCAUGGUCAAGGAGGUGGAAGCGCGACGACGAGGGAGAAAGAGUUGAGGGGAUUGAUGAAGGAGGUGGUUUGGCUAAGAGCACGGUGUAGGAGGGAAGAAGGCUUUCGUAGGGAUUUGGCCUGGAGCAAAGGCUUCAUGGAGAUGGGAGAGGGGAUCAGAGAGGCUUGUAACCAAGCCGAUCUCCGCAUGAUCGCCCAGAUGGGCGUCAAGCCUAAGAGGGAGGACUAUGAAUCCAGACUAGCUGUCCGGCAGAGGCUGAGGGCUGCGGUCUUUGUGGUGGUCGCGGCGAACAGGAUGAAGCGCUUAGAGCGGGAGUGGAGGGGCGUUCGGAAGUUGGGCGAGGGUUUGAAGAGGAUGAGAGGUGAGGUAGAGGGCAAGAAAGCCAAGCGUACAAGUAAGUAA